CAAAUAGGCACUCGAAGAAUCGCCCAUGGUAUGGCUGAAACGUCAGAAAAAAACGAUGAUUUUUUGUUACCAAUAGAUCCGGAGGCGUUGCAGGACUCGCUUCUUGCAGUUGAUUCCGAAAACUCACUCGCAACUGUUAUCCCAAAAAUUGUGAAAAAAUAUGGUCUUUUCCGGUCACUCACUGAAAGUGAUUUGCGUGAGAAGUCUGAGCAAGAAGAACAAUCGCAGGAAGUUCAGGAAAAAGCGAAACCCACCCCUGCAAAACAACCUACAGCUGAGGAACAAGGCCUCGAUAAUCUUUCUGCUCACAAGAAAGAAUUGAUUGAUCAAAUUGCUAUGGCCCAAAACGAGUGUUCGUUAGCCUUGGACAUGGUAUCACUACUACUUAGCAAGUAUCGAACUAACAGUGUCGAUACAAUUUCACCCUUUUUGGAAAAUGCAGUCAGUUUAGGCUCUUUGACGAUGAAUCGUUGUGAGGCACCAAAAGCAAAAUCUUCGGAUGCUUUAGUUGGGAAAUUAUGGAAAGACAAAGCGCUCAAAAAUGCUCGAACUUCUUUUACCGCCGCUGCUCAACGGUUACGAAACGUUGUAGAAGGUGAACAGGAAAAGUGGAAUCUGUUUGCGCGUUUCCAUGAAAAAGGAUGGCCUAUUUUACGAGGCAAAGAUGGUGCACUGUGCGUGCAGUACAGUGCUUUAGGAGGACAAUCCGUCGGUGUGGGUACUUUUGACUUGAGCUCGAAAAAGGGCAAGCCAACUUUUGUACACGGAUUACAAUACGAACACGCGUCGCUGAAGGUGGAUAUACACCGGCGUGAUGAAAUUGUUGCUUCUAAUCGGUGGUCGUGGCCCGAUGAGCACAAAACCGAAGAAGACGAUGUGGAAAAACAACUUCAUCAAGCUCGUCGGACGCUGUUCGAAAUGGACGUGUGGAAUGCAUUGUUGCUUGAGGCACAGUAUUGUGGUAAUCAGGGUGUUAUUUAUACAGGCAACUCAAUUGAAGUUACAUAUGAUGGGACAUACAAGACGUCUAUUUCUCUCUCACCGGUAGAUUCUGGUGCGGAUGAACAUCACAAAAACGAUUUGUCGUCAGAUUCUAUGAAUGUCGAUGAUAAAGACGUACAACUUCGGGAACUUUGUCUCGUUUUUAACACGCUGAUACAUGUAUUGUUUGUUCAAUAUUGUCGAGAAACCCAAAAGUUUUCCCUAAAACAUCUACGCCAAAAUCCCAUUCCUGCAUCCAUCCUGCGGCCUCUCAUUUUUCUGUUUUCAACAAAUCGUCUCGCGCAUUCCUUUCAAACAUGGUUGCAAGAACAUAAUAUUCCAUUCACAUACGAAGCUGAAUACCCUUGGACGAAGGCAAAGUCCCUUGAGGAACUAGAACGAGCGCUAAUGAAUCCAAAAGUUCGUAUUCUCUGGAAACUUAAAUGUAAAGAGUACUACGAACCAGCUUGUAUUGAACAGACACCAGUUAUGCAAGGCACCGAAAAGUUCAUCUGGAAAUGGCAGGACGCGUGUGCUUCCUUGAAAUUUCAGGAUAUGUCUAAUCUUUGUCAAUACAUAGAAUACUAUUUGGCUGAAAAGAAUCAUUAAGCUAUGAAAUGCAAAGGAAACGGGAUGACAACUCAAUUUAAGGAAAGGAGGUCAUUGGAACGGGAUGAAAAAAGAGCGAUCUAAGAUUGUUCAACACUUUGCUGUUCAAGUGGUUUGUCUAUUUCUGCACGGUUUUCUGAAUCCAGUUGCUCCUUUUGUUCUUGACAUUUCAGAAUUUGGCACGCACGGUUGUAGAGCGUUAUCACAUGUGUAUCCUUCAUCUCAGGCGACAAAUGAGUGAGAGAUUCAGCAAGCUUGAGCAAAUAAUCGAUGUUGGGACCACUUUUUCCUCUGCUACUGAGCAUCACUGAUAUGAGUUUGUCUACAGAUUCUGAGGGACAGAACUGUGGACUACGACUCGUACCCACAUACACGAGACACUGAUCUACAGUGGGUUUCUCAUUCGUGAUAUGUGUAUAUACCGGCAUGAAGUGUGGAGUGUAACCGUUGAUUUCACGUUCAUCAAGGUACUCGCGUACGUACUUUGCAUGGACUGCCGGGAUUCUGUAUGCCAUACCCCAACACGUUUCCUCGUCUGGCGUAUGGGCCCAGUCUGAAAAUUGCUUCCAUUCGUCUUUAGGAAUAAGCGUUAAAACACGACCAGGUUUCUCCGGUGUUCCUCUGUGAUCUUCACUUUUCAUCCAAAAGCGCCGCACAUAUCCGCGAAUAAAACAUGGAAUACUCUUGUCGUAAUACGGUGGUGGACUCCAAAUUAAUGAUCCAUAACCAAAGAACCAAAACGCGUCCGCAUUUUCUGUUUCCUCUUUCGUCAUGACUUCUAAUGAAAGCACGGAUAGAUGGUCAAACGGAAGUUGAGUUUGUUGGUUUCCUACGAUGAAUGUUUAUAGAAUUCGUCAGUCCGAGUGCGGAUGAUGAAACAAGCUCCAGCAGCGACAACACACCAACACCUGUGAUUUGUAGAACGAAACCUGCUACUUGUGGAAAAAGGCACGAUUAAUUUGUGUGGCAAACUUUAUGAAAGGUAUCUGUUAGGGGUAAACAGUAUGAAACUAGGCUGAAAAUUCAGAAGCGUGCUCCUCGGGUUCAUCAUCAAGGUCCAGUUGAUUUCUGGGGUCUCCGAGGGAACCUUUAACAAAUUUGGUAUGACGACCCUUGGCAAACACCUUCAGCGAUUCAUUCAAAAAAUCGACACUUGUGAAGGCAAUGUUGGAGCCUAAACGGUCGCAUUUGGCAUGAAUAAAGAUGCGUGAGCCUAAACCACCUCCUGUAGCCAGGAAUGUUUGGUUCAUAUCAAUUGAAACACCAGAGGAAAAUAAUCCUCUGCUUGCCAACGCAAGUCCGCCGCCUAGAUCGGUCAAAGCGGCAAUACAGCCGCCAUGAAGGCGGCCCAUGCGGUUUAAGUGGUAUUUUUGUAAUUCCAAGGAGCAUUCAACGAGUCCAGGAACUGCUCUUGUAACUUGUAGCGUAGAGAGCAGAUGAUAGUCAAAAGCUUCAGUAUCGAGAAAGUCUUUCCAGACACUACGAACAAAGCUCAAAACUCUGGACGGUUUGGCACUCAUUGUGCUAAAAAUUUCUAAAUGUUCUUUUUAACUCAAGGGAAGGUUCGUUACAGAUGGAAUAAGUGCCUGGCCUUUGGAAGGACAUCGGCUGUGGCGGUAUGGUAGACUUUCACCGCCGACCAGAUACCAAUAUC